UCCCAUAUAAAAGAUCAGAAUUUUGAGUGAGGGGAAAGAGUGUAUUGUGUGCAAGAUUUAGGGUUUCUUAGCUUCAAAAUCUUAGCUUUUUAUAGGAGGAAAAAAUGGGGAGAGGUAGGGUUGAACUGAAGCGGAUCGAGAACAAGAUUAGCAGGCAAGUCACCUUCUCCAAGAGGAGGUCUGGGCUGUUGAAGAAAGCUCAUGAGAUCUCUGUGCUGUGUGAUGCUGAGGUGGGUUUGAUUGUCUUCUCCACCAAAGGGAAACUGUUUGAGUACUCCACUGAUUCCAGCAUGGAAAACAUUCUGGACAGGUACGAGAGAUACUCCUAUGCAGAGCAAAGGAUGACAACAAACGACUCCGAACAACAGCAAAACUGGACUUGUCAAUACCCCAAAUUGGUUUCAAGGAUUGAACUUCUGCAAAGGAAUACGAGGAAUUUUCUGGGAGAUGAUCUGGAGCCCCUUGGUCUAAGAGAGCUUCAGAGUUUAGAGCAACAGCUGGACACGGGUCUAAAGCGAAUAAGAACAAGAAAGAACCAGCUUAUGCAUGAGUCCAUAUCUGAGCUUCAGAAAAAGGAGAGAGCAUUGCAGGUACAAAACAAUAUCUUGGCAAAGCAGUUGGAGCAACAAAAGUUAGUCCUAAACUCAGCAUCAACCUCCAUGCCACCCCAGCCUUUGGUUUCACCUUUACCACUUCCCAACCUAACCAUUGGCAGCAUAGCUAGGGCAACAGAAGCUGCUAAAAAUUCAGAGAAUAGAGGUCAAGCUCUCCCUUGUUCUACCUCCCUCGUGCCGCCAUGGAUGCUUCGCCAUCCCAACAACAAAGACUGAAAACCCGCCAGCCAUGGCUCCAAUCCGCCUUACAUUUUAGAACGUAAGUCCUAUGAAACAACAACGUUGUACUUUCUUCUUCUUCUUCUUCUUUCUUAACCAUCUCAAUCUCGAUCUCAACCACUGAGCUAUAUAGAAGAUCUUUUCUUGUAAGAGCUAUAUCCCGCCAUUCCCUUCCUGGAACUCCAAGCUUGUAUGAGACAUUUGUACACGAAAUAUAAUGUAGUAGCCCCCCCUUUUAAACA